AUGCCAGCAUUUUUUCCUAUCUUGACUAUUCUCCCCCAACGAGCCCUAACAUACAUAAAACACACCUACCCCUCCGCCCUCGAAGCUACAUUCCACCUCUACUGGCAAUGGUUCCUCUACAAACACCAGGACAUCUCCAAACCGGAUGUACUCCGCGAACUCCUUGCGUCACCCGAAACGGGGUUUUCGCGUGAGCAGGCAGAAGAGAUCCUGACGGCGGCAAUGACAGAUAAGAAAUGGAAGGAGGAAUUAACGGCGAAGACGCAGGAGGCGUUGGACCGGGGCGCGUUUGGGGCGCCGUUCUUUUGGGUUGUGAGAGAUGAUGGACAGGGGAAGACUGUUACGGAAGAGCCGUUUUUUGGGAGUGAUCGGUUCCAUCAAAUAUGGCUGUAUCUGGGUUUGCCGUUUGAGGAUAUCAAACUUCUUCCACCCACUGAGGCAAAGCUAUGA